AUGGCGGAAGCCGAGGAAGGCGCCAAGCCCAAAGCUGCGCUGCUGCUGAUUGACUUGCAGAAGGCUUUCACGGAAGGCUCCUGGGCCUUCCAUCUUGGAGGCAAGAGCCAGGUCUUCGAUAUCGAAAGAGCCUGUGCCGAGACUGCGAAACUGCUUGCGUCUGGGCGCGUGUCUGCUGAGACCCCGAUCCUGUGCACCAAGUGCUACUUGAGCCCGCGGCAGGAUGAGGCUUACGUUGAUGCGGUGGAACCUUUCCUGAGGGAGCGUCCCUGCAUUCACAAGCCGACCAUGGAUGUCACAUACAACCCUGCCUUCUUCAAAUGGCUGCAUGAACAAGUGAGGAAUGGUAUCAGUGUCUUGGUUAUUGGAGGCUGCACAACGACCUCCUGCGUGCGGGUAAGCUCCACCGAAAUUGCAGCGCAGCUCGAGGAGCAGGGCCUUGCUGGGAAGAUCCGGUUGGUGGUGGACUUGAACUUAUGUGGGGCGCGAACUGAGAACUUUGAAAAGACGGCAGACCAGGAUCCUGUGUUGGUGAGGAUCUAUGGGCGAGAGUUUUGCAGAGGUGCGUCAGCUGUUGGCUUGGCAAUUGUGCAAAUGCAGCGAGCUGGUGUCGAAGUACUGGACACAGAUGCUGGAGGUUGGAGUUGGUAG